AUGCAGUCAACAGCAGAUUCGUCCGAUGAAUCAACUACUACUUCUCACCGACCAGAUGGGGGGAGGUCAGCUUGGAUCUUCCUCGCCUCGGUCUCUGUUAUGCUCCAGCUGACGUGGGGAUUCACGAUCUCAUUUGGUGCUUUUCGUGAAUAUUACUUCUAUGAGUCAGCCUUCUCUGGUAAUCAGGUGAUCGCUAUCAUUGGAGUUGUUAGUACGGGCGUGAUCCAACUCCUCUGCCCCUUUCUAGUGCACAUCCUGGGCGGAAGAGCUUGGCUGCGUAAACCGCUCCUAUGCAUCGGGUCAGCCAUUGUGGUGGCCGCAUCGAUUGGGGCGGGAUUCUCCCACACACCUAUCCAACUCAUCAUGACCCAAGGGGUCCUCUACGGUUUAGGUAGUGGCCUGGUCUUUGCUCCCAACAUGAGCCUGAUCGAUGAAUGGUUCAUCAGGCGGCGUAGCCUUGCCUAUGGCAUCUACUUUGCAUGCUCAAGUAUCUCUGCUGCCAUCCUACCUCCAGUUAUGCGGAUACUUCUCGCAAAGUACUCAGCUAAAGCGACAUUGAUUGGAUGGGGUAUAUUUGUUGCUGUUGUACUGAGUAUAGCCCUGAUAGCCGUGCGGCCACGCCUGCCGUCAUCUAGGUCCGCUGGGAACGAAAAAGAAAAUCCUCUCUCUGGGCAGUUUUCAUAUAGAUUUCUGCGCAGGCCUCUGUUCUGGCUAAUUCUGUUAUCCAAUGUCUUACAAGCACUGUCCCAAUAUUUGCCAUCCGUCUACAUACCAUCUUAUGCAACUGCCGUCAUUGGUACUUCUUCUGCAAGUGCAUCGGCUCUACUCGCCAUUUACAACAUCGCGUCCGCCAUUUGUCAGCCCCUGUUGGGACUACUUGCUGAUAAACAAAAUAUUCUAUAUCCGCUGCUGCUCAGCACUUUGAUCCCAUCCAUUGCUGUUCUGUGUAUCUGGGGCUUUGCAACGAACUACGGCCUUCUCGCACUUGUAUGCAUCUUAUUUGGCGGGCUUUCUGGGGGUUACGUUGUUCUACGGAACCGCUUUGCAACAGCUAUCGUUGGAAACAGUGAUCGCCCAAAUGAAGAGCUGAUUGUAUCAGGUCUGAUCAUGUUCUUCAGGGGAGGGGCCACAAUCGCAUCCGGCUUUGUAGCUACAGCGGUCUCCACUGCGGGCGCAAAUCGGGGUCUCCAUAAAGGGAACUAUGGUUCCGGCCAAUGGCUCCCGUUAAUCCUUACUGUUGGAAUCCUCACUGGAGUUUCUUGCAUUGGCGCGCUAGGAUUCCUGCGUGGGGGCAGACAAGCGAGGCCGAAUGAGCAAGGUCAUGGAGAUUCUUAG